AUAUUGAUCCGCGAAUUGAAGUAUUGUUUCUGCAUUUUCGUUCUUGCUCUCUAUCAUCGUCAGUUUGGUAAUGGAGGCGUUCUUCGAGGGGAAGACAGGCAGUUGGGGCUAUGAUUCGCUCAAGAAUUUCCGGCAGAUCUCUACGUCUGUACAGAAGCACCUCAGGCUGGUUUACUUGACACUAUGCUCUGCUCUUGUGGCGUCUGCGGCUGGUGUUUAUUUACACAUCUUGUUCAACAUUGGUGGUAUCUUAACCAUGCUUGGAUGUUUUGCUGGCAUAACAUUUGUUAUGAACACGCCUCCAUCUGAAAAUAGGAAGAGGCUUGGUUAUUUGAUGGCAACAGCCGUAUUGGAGGGGGCAUCUAUUGGUCCACUUUUUGAGCUUAUUCUUGACUUUGAUCCAAGGAUAUUGGUUACUGGAUUUGUAGGCACUUCUUUAGCCUUUGCUUGCUUUUCAGGUGCAGCCAUUGUGUCGAAGCGCAGGGAGUUCCUUUACCUUGGUGGCCUGCUGUCUGCUGGCUUUUCAAUUCUCUUUUGGAUGCGGUUUGCAUCAUUCAUCUUCGGCAGCAGUGCUUCCAUGUUCAACAUUGAGCUUUAUCUUGGUCUGUUGAUUUUCCUGGGAUACAUUGUGUUUGAUACUCAAGAAAUCAUUGAGAAGGCCCAUCAUGGCGACCUAGACUACGUGAAGCAUGCUUUGACCCUCUUUACCGAUUUCAUUGCAGUUCUUGUCCGCAUCCUUGUUAUCAUGUUAAAGAACUCUGCAGAGAAGAAACGCGAGGAGAAUAAGAGGAAGAAGAGGUCAUAAAUAUGAUGUCUGAAGGUUAUCAUCUUUUCCUCACGAGUUUCUGUAGAACUGUGUUUGUGAUGUUUCUAUAACCGACUUCAGCGUCAGUAUCUUGGAUGGAUAGUUACAGAGCUUUCUGUAUUCUCCUAUUAUGUUCCGUGGUCACUUUAAACCGCAUGGUAUAUUUUAUAAAAUUCCUGAGGGCUUAUUUGAUUAAUUAAAAUUAUAAAAAAAUAUUGUUUAAAAAUAA